CCACGUGGCAUUUGACACUUUUUAGGGUUUUGUGAAGGAUUUGGGGGUUGGACAGCUGGCUUUAGGGUUUGCGGAUCAUGGCUGUAGAGAGCGCUUCCACCGACGGUGCGGGGCUUCUUCGUGUGGAGCCUCGCGAGUUGCAGUUCCCGUUCGAGUUGGAUCGGCAAUUGUCGUGCAAGCUUAAGCUGGGGAAUGACACCAAGCAUUAUGUUGCUUUCAAGGUUAAAACAACAUCUCCCAAGAGUUUUUGUGUAAGUCCCAGCACGGGUGUGCUCCAACCACGGAGUGCUCUUGAAAUUAGUGUUACUAUGCGAGCACAACAUCGAAAACCGGUGGACGGGCAGAGCAAAGACAAGUUUUUGAUCCAAAGUGUUGUUGCUCCGGAUGAAUUCCUGGCGAGUGACAUCAACCAGGAAAUGUUCACAAAAGACCUGGGGAACGAGAUCUUCGAGACCAAGAUGAGGGUGUCAUUCGCGUUCCCUGCGAAAGAAACGAGCAAUGGAGCUGUGCCGAAUUCUCAUGACGCUGGUUAUCUGAAGGAGAAAAUCCAAGAGGUAAAUGCGGCUUUGACAACCGUUUCGGAAGAACGAAACGCCGCUGUUGCAUUGAGCCAACGCUUGCAGCAAGAACUGGAAAGUUUGACAGCAAACAGGAACCGAUCGGCCGCACAGAACGCUGGAUUCUCCGUCCUGGUAGUCCUCCUGGUCGCUCUCCUUGGCAUUGUGCUUGGAUUCCUGCUUGGCACAUAGCAGUAGUAUCUCUUUCGGACUUGGUAUGCACUCCAAAAAUCAGGCUGCGUGUUAUAUAAUCGACUCUACAAAUUCUUUUCA